AUGGAGAGGGAUAUCUUGCCCGGAAAUUUUAGCACGUCUUCAUAUGGAUAUAUGGAUAAAAGGGAUUUUUCUCUUUAUAAAUCCAUAGUGCAAUUUUCUUUCUUGCUUUUUAUUCUUUCACUCUUCUUUUUGUUAUUUUUUAUUCUUUCCUAUGUUCAUAUUUUUCUUUUGUUUAUUUUUUUCAGUUUUUGUUUAAUCUUUUGUCUUUUUCUCUCUUUCCAAUUGUUCUACAAUCAUUAUCUCUUCCUUUUUUUCUUUUCUUUUUUCUCUUAUUGUUUGUUCCUUUUUCUUUCAACUAAUUUUUCGUCUUUUCGUUAUUCCUCAUGCAACAUCAUUUCUUCCUUUCUUUUUUAUCUCCCUUCCGCGACUUUUACGUUCUUUUGUUGCUUUUCUUUCUUUUAUUUCUUCAUUUCGUUCAGUGUUUGUUUACUUACCUCUCAGAUAUUUUCUACUCCCCCAACUGAGGCACAUUCUUUUUUGCCCUCUCUCUCUCUCUCUGCAAGUAGAAAUGCCGCAUAA